AUGGCGGCUCUGGACGCGUUGGCGGAGGACUCGGAGAUCGUUGAAUUGCUUUCAACGCUGUUCAACAACGAAUACAUGCAAGGCGCGAACGGCGGUGCUGCUGCGGCCACGAAUGAGCGCGAUCCAUCGGUGGGGGCACAGCCACCUGCGCUGCCAGCGCCGUCGACGACCAGAAGAAAACUGUGCAAAGAAGAGGGAUGUAUGCGCAAGAACGUGAGCAAGGGCUUUUGCAUUCGCCAUGGGGUACGCACCAUUCUCGUCAUUGCAAAGGCCGCGGACGAGUUUGACGCAGGGGGGAAAGCGGUGCCAAGUGGAGUCGUGCGACAAAGGGGCUAA